UCUCUGAAACGGUAUCAGUCAGAGACUAAAGAUCAUGUGUGCAUGAUUACUCUCUAAGCUGCAAACAUGAUUGGAUCAGUAUUGACUAUAAUUUACACAUUAGCACAGGCUCUGAUGCCAUGCCUUCCUCCAGUUCCUCUGUCCCAUGAAGUUCUAACUACUGACCAGUAUUUAGGAAAGUGGUAUUUUGUUGGAGUGGCUUCAUGGGAUAAUGAGGACAUUGCAGCGUUUCAGGGAAUUGACAGCACAGUGGUGGAACUGAAGAAGGCUGACAAAGACACUUUGGUAAUGGCUGGGGCCUUGCGGCAGAAUGAUCAGUGCAACAACACGGCCUGGACUUACAAACUUGACUCAAAUUUUGAUCCCAUCAUGACAGAGGGUGAAGAUCAUAUUGGAGUAGCUUUAAGUGGAAAUUGGAUCAAAUGUCCCUUAUGUAUGAUGUUUGCAAAGAUUCAUCCAAAUGAAGCCUUUAUCAGAAUUAUGUUAUUUGCACGUUCUGAGAGUGUACCAGCUGAGGUUGUACACAGAUUUAAGGCAAAAAUGAAAUGUUCUUUGGUCAUUGAUACUUUUAUGAUGACUGCUCAGACAAAAGAGUUCUGUGAACUGGAAUAAACAUACAGCAAACAAAGCAGACACAGACAGAUCUUAAAUCAUUAAUGGCUGACCAGUAAUGAAGAAAACUGCUAAGAUGCAUAAACUUCAGUGUGUAAAAGAUGAAGACCUCCUGCUGAUGCAGAUAAACUUGUCUCUACUUUGCUUUUAAAUAUAGUCAGUGUAUGUCAGCGUAAUAAAAUAAAGUUCCAGUAAUUUUAGGGUCAGUGUUUAAAAUUAUUGGUAUCCUUAAUCUCCAAUAUUUACAAUUUGAUGAUGUAAAUAAAAUAUAUGUAAUAGUCUGUUAAUAAGGUACACCUGCUGUAUAUGUGCACUUUUUGAUUAUUAACUGAAGUAAAUGUAGCUUAUCUCAAGCUGUGACCAAA